UGAUCAUGUUUAAAGAUUCUCGGAGAGCUUUAAGUGUUGUCUUAGUGUUAUCAAUUUGCUAACGUUUACUUACAUCAUAAAUGAUCAAAGACUAGACAAACUUUCAAACACGGUAAAAAAGGAGUGAAGAACAUUUAGAGGGUGCGGCUGACAUGGCACUAUGGCCAUGGCGUAUAUGCAUGGUGGACCUAUAGUGACCAAUGGGAGUAUGAUAAGUUAGACUUUUGUGAAGUGAUUAGGAUGUUUAUGAGCCACAAGUUCUUGACAGAUUUAUCAUAGUGAACCCUGAAAUAAAUUUUAUAUUUCUAUAUAUCUCUAUAAGGCUAUAGCAUAGUUUUAAAAAUGCCUGCAAGCAGACAGAAAAUCAAACCUAACCAAAACAAAUUUAAAUUAUUUUAAAUCGAUAUAAAUUGGUCUAAAUCAAUUAAAUUCAAUAAUAAUGUGUACAAAUCUACAAAUUUGUGUAAUUUAUAAUUAAAUCGAAAAACUAAAGUUUUAUAUAAAUUUCUAAUAUAUAUAUAAUACAUCAAUAAUUUAUUAACACCCGUGUAAAUCACAUCGUUUAAGUUUCGGAUUAAUCCGCCUAGUCACUAGUUUUCUUGAACGCUCAAUUACUGUCUAGCAUUUCUUAAACACUGAGAGUAUAGCUUACAUCUUGUUUGAAUUUGAUGGAAAAUCAUAUGCAUAAACUAUCAUUUGACACACACAAAAAAGCAUUACCAUUUUUUCAAAAAAAAAAAAAAGUAUUACCAACUAUAAAAAAUUAUAAAUAAAUAAAAGAUUUCGAUGGGCUAUGAUGAAAAGGAAAAGCCCAUGGGCUAGAGAUGCUUUCGCAUUUCAGCCUCGUUUAAACUCGAUUAUGACAAAUCCGACAUUUUCAAAUUCCCUCUGAAUCUUCUGAGAGACGCUCUUACUCAACUAACAAGAUGACUCCGCCAUUGCUGAAGCUCGCGUUCGUCCAAGGUCCAAGAGAUGGCGAAUCUCUCGAGUACAAGCCCGGAUCUACUAUCCGCAUCGGCCGAGUCGUUCGCGGUAACGAAAUCGCGAUUAAAGACGCCGGAAUCUCCACCAAGCACCUCCGAAUCGUAUCCGACUCCGAGAACUGGAUAAUCCACGACCUUGGAUCUUCCAACGGCACCAUACUUAACUCGGAUACUCUCGAUCCAGAUACUCCAGUCAAUCUCGGCCAAGGAGACGUGAUCAAGCUUGGUGAGUAUACUUCCAUUGUAGUGAGCUUCGAGACUGGUGUUCAGGUGGAGGAGGAGGAGGAGGAGGAGCAUAAGCUUCCCCCGAGGCCGAGGAGAAACAACAGGCGCCUUCCUGUUGCGGAUCCGGAUCCGGAUCCGGUUCAGGAGAAACCAAAGCGCAGGGGUAGGCCCCGGAAGAACGAAACGAAAGAAGCUGUUCCGGUGGAGAAAAAUGCUCAGGGAAGUAAGAAGAACACUGAGGAUGUUGAGAAUUUGGGUUUGAAUCCAGUGAAAUUGGAGAUUGAGGAUAUUCCUAAGGGAGUGGAGAUCUCAGCGGUGAAGAGAGGGACAAGGAGCAGGCAGAUCCGGAAUGUGAAGUGUGAGGAUGAUGUUAUAGAGGAGGAGAAGAGAAGACCUUCAAGGGCUACCAGGAGCACUAAGAAAGAGAUUGGUGGAGAUUCGUUUCAGGAGCUGGAGAGGGUCUUGAACCAAGCUCGUAAAAGCCGUGCGAAUAAGAAGAAAGUGGAGAGCGCUGUAGAAGAGAUGGAAGCUAGAAAUGAUGUUGGAGAGGGGAAAGGUUGCAGUGAAGCAAGUGAUAAAGAAAAUGAGAAUGUAGAGCAGGUGGAGAUUGAUUCAAGGAAGAGCACAAUGGUAGGAGAAGAGGACCUGAACUGUAGUGUUAGAGAAGAUUUAGAGACAGAGAACUUCCAAGAGGAAAGAGACAGUAAGGGCGAGGGGGGUGGAGUUGAGACAUCUAAGAUGGUAGAGCAGGUUGAGAUUAAGUCAAGGAAUAGCGCAGUAGUAGGUGAGGGGGGCCUGGACUGUAGUGUUAGAGUGGAUGUAGAGACAGAUAACUUAGAAGAGGAAAAAGACAGUAAGGGCGAGGAGGGUGGAGUUGAGACAUCAGAUGGAAAGGCUGAGCAGGGAUCCAGGAAUGAAAAGAAUGUAGAGAAGGUAGAUUUAGAGAAGAUGACACUAGGAGACUGGUUUGCAUACAUGAAAGUACACUUGAGAAAACAGAUAGUGGAUGAGACAGAGAAGUUGAUAGAGGAUAUGAGAAGUAAAUCUUUGAGAGUUCGCCACCAUAUUGAAGAGCAGAAGCAAGCAAAGGGACAAGGGCGUUCGAGUUAGUUUGACAUGGUUAGAUCAUUAGCUAUUGUGCUAGGCUUAGUAUCAUGACUUGUUAAGUUAGGUUGCUAAGAUGUUUUAUCGGCUUUAUGUUAUGUCUUUCUGUGGGUGAGAUUGUCUGUAUCUAUAUAACUCGGUUGGUGCUAUAAUCUUCAUCAUGGUUUUGUUUGUGCUA